CGUAACGGAAGAGAGGGAGCCCUCUGCUACGCUCCGAUACCCCAAGCUCCCUACUUACUGGGAGUUUGGAGGCGGACGAAGAGCUCAACUGUUUUGAAGGCGAGUGUCGAAGGAGAAACUCUGACCACCUCCUCUUCCCGAUUGGUCGGUCUCUCUCUCUUUGUCUCUCCCGCUCUCUCUUCUCCUCUAAGCAUGUCAGAGUCGCCGUGCUGGCUCAGAGACUUCAAGAGGGGACAAAACGCAGACCUCACACACGCUGACGCUGCCUGCGUGUGCCUUGCAGAGGAAGCAAAAGCGGGAGGAAGAAGAGCACAUAAAGAAAGGAGAGGGAGAGGAAGAGAAGGGACAGAAGACAAAUUGGUCGUUUAGCAGGAUCUCAUCGGCUUUAUCAGAGCCCUCAUCCUCGGAACCAGUGUGAAAAGAAUGAGGUCCAGGACCAGUGGAAUGGAGGCUCAUGACAGCGGGCGCCUGAAGGUCAAAAGCUUCCGGAAAGACGAGGAGAAAGGAGACAUACAGGAGCUGAUGAAGAACACUCACACCACUGAGACAAACAGGGGGAGCAAGGAAGAGAACACUGGACCGGUGAAGAUGCCGAGGAGAGCAACACUGACAGACCUCUCGAAAGAGAAGCUGCUUUAUCUGCUCAGCGUCAUGGAGGGAGAGGUGCAGGCUCGUGAAGAUAUUAUUCAUAUGCUGAAGUCAGACAAGACGCAGCCUGAGACCCUGGAGGCUCACUAUGGAUCUGCUGUCCCCGUCAAACCUCUGCAGGCCCUGCAGAGAGACUGUCAGCUCUCCGGCGGGAAGCCCAUUGAUGACGUCUAUGAGAUCCCCAUGUUGGAGCUGGACCGCCUGGAGGAGAAGCAGCGGGAGACGUACAGGCGUAUGCUGGAGCAGCUCCUCCUGGCAGAGAGGUGUCACCGUCGCACCGUUGCCGAGCUGGAGAGCGAGAAGCGCAAGCAUGCCGACUACAUGAACAAGAGUGAUGACUUCACCAACCUGCUGGAACAGGAGCGUGAGAGACUAAAGAGACUACUGGAGCAGGAGAAAGCAUACCAAGCUCAUAAGGACAAGGAUAACAGCAGACGACUGGAGAAAGUGAGAGAAGAGUUGGUGAAAUUGAAGUCCUUUGCUCUGAUGCUGGUGGAGGAGAGGCAGCUCCACACUGACCAGAUUGAUCAGCAAAGCCAGAAAAUACAGGACCUCAGCAAAAAGCUGCAGGAGAGGGAACAAGACAUCGAGAGCCUCACUAGUAAAUCAAAGGAGGAUAUUCAGAAGAUUCAGAAGCUGGAGGUGGAGUCAGAGCACAGGGCUGCCAAGUUUGCACAAGAACAUGAAGAGAUGACCACCAAGCUCUCCAAUCAAGAGUUACAGAGCCGACAGCUGCGCUUGAAGUUGGCAAGUCUGUCAUGCAGGAUUGAAGAGCUGGAAGAGAGCAACAGGGUACUCCAGAAAUCUGAGGAGAACCUCCAGGAGUUGAGGGACAAAAUCAGUAGGGGAGAAUGUGGAAGCUCCAGCUUCAUGGCUGAGCUUGAGAAUCUUCGUAAGAGAGUGCUAGAGAUGGAAGGGAAGGAUGAGGAGAUCACAAAGACAGAGGCACAGUGCAAGGAGCUAAGAAGGAAACUCCAAGAUGAGGAGAGUCACAGUCAUGAGCUGAAACUUGAAAUCGAGAAGCUGCAGAAGAGGAUGGUAGACCUAGAGAAGCUUGAGACAGCUUUUACUGUGAGCAAGUCUGAAUGCGCACAGCUUCAUGCAAACCUAGAACAAGAGAAGACCUUGACAAAAAACUUAGCUCAGGAACUUGAGAAUGUGAAAACACAUAUUAACGAGCUGGAAAGCUCUGAAUCAAGGCUUGAAAAGGCUGAAGUUAACCUAAAAGAUGACUUGACAAAGCUGAAGUCAUUCACUGUAAUAUUAGUGGAUGAGAGAAAGAACAUGGUAGAGAGAAUUAAACAAGAAGAGCGCAAAAGUGAAGACAUGAGCACAAUGCUUAAGACUGAGCAAAGCAAGGUCAUGGAAGUCACAGAGAAGCUUAUCGAAGAGAGCAGAAAGCUUCUGAAACUGAAGUCAGAGAUGGAAAUGAAAGUGUCCACUCUUGCAAAGGAGAAAAAUGACCUGAGGACUAGACUAGCAAGUGAAGAGGAGAAACAAAAGGAUCUAUGUGCAAAGGUCAUCCUAAUGCAAAAAAGAAUAGAAUGUCUUGAAGAGACUGAAAGACAAUCCUUCCAAAGUAAAGUUGAUGUGGAAAAGGUGAGGUAUCCAGAUGAAGAUAACAAGGUUAAAGAGCUGACUGAGGAGAUUGAGAGGCUUAAGAACCGUCUAAAGCAGCUUGAGGUUGUGGAGGGAGAUUUGAUAAAGACAGAGGAUGAGUAUGAUAUGCUUGAAAAGAAGUAUAGAACAGAGCAGGACAAGGCCAAUGCCCUCUCUCAGCUCCUGGAGGAAAUGAAGACACAGAUUGCAAGGAACAAGGCAAUAGAAAAAGGGGAGGCUGUAAACCAAGAAGCCGAGCUGAGACUGAAGUGCAAAAUGGAGGAGGCCAAAACAAGAGAUUUGCAAGCAGAUGUUCUAGCACUCAAGGAGAAGAUUCAUGAGCUGAUGAACAAGGAGGACCAGUUAUCUCAGUUGCAAGUAGAUUACACAGUUCUACAGCAGAGGCUUAUAGAUGAAGAAGACAAGAAAAAGAUUAUGAGCCAACAGAUCCUAAACCUCACGAAAGACUUAGAGGUCACAAAACGCUACAGUCGAGCACUACGUCCUAGCAUGAAUGGCAGGAGGAUAGUGGACGUUCCCCUUACUUCAACAGCUGUUCAGACAGAGGCAGAGAGUAUUGAAGCUGUUGAAGAGGACACUCCAGCAGUAUUUAUAAGAAAGUCUGUCCUAGAAGAAAACCAUGUUAUGAGUAAUUUGAGGCAAAAAGGCCUUAAGAAACCAGCUGUGCUAGACCGUUAUCCACCUGCAGCUACAGAGUUAGGUAUCCGAAAGUCAUGGCUCCCUUGGAUGAAGAAGAAGGAUGUGAUUACUGAUGAGCAGGCUGGCUCAGACAAGACUGCCUACAAAAUUGAUAGAGAUGCACCACCUCAGCCAACUGAGCUGACCAUGUCUCAGAAACCAGGGAAACCACUGCAUAUCAGAGUGACUCCAGAUCAUCAAAAUAGCACAGCCACUUUGGAGAUCACCAGUCCUCGUGCUGAGGACUUCUUUUCGAGUGCCACCAUUAUACCCACUUUAGGGCUCCAGAAACCACGAAUCACUAUCGUUCCUAAGCCUAUUACUGUGACAUCCAAGGGCGCAACCACUGGAACAUCAUGUGGACCGGAAAGGACCAUGUCUCCAGUGACAAUUACCACCAUUUCAAGAGCAAAGAGCCCCGAUGGAAACAAGAGCCCUUACUCAGACGGUACAAGCUCCCCUGUAUCGGUCAUCACAGUCAGCACAAACCCAGUAACUCCACCGUGUGUCUCUCCAGAACCCCAGGAGAUGACCACAGGCCGGGCUGUGCUUAAGGUAACCCCGGAGAAGCAGACGGUGCCGACGCAGAUUCGUAAAUACAACCCCAAUGCUAACAUCAUAACAACAGAGGACAACAAAAUCCAUAUUCACCUGGGGCCACAGUACAAAAGGCCUCAGGAUGCUGGCAGUAGCCCCACUGUCAUGGUGAGACCUCUCACUGUGAGUGCAGAAAGCAAGGAGACUGUCCCUACAGCAACAGUGCUACGCUCACCUCGACAGGCGUCCACUUCUGCAGUGAAGACUACCUCAGGCAAGAUGACGAGCAGUAUUACCAUUACCCCCAUCACCUCUGCUCCAUCUAGACCUACCCAGUCUGUGUUGCUUCUGAAAUGUUUCAAAAUGAUAUCAGGGAGUCUCUGCUCCUUAGAUAGCUGUCUGUCCAGUCCGGGGCGGAUGUGCAGUCAUCUCGGUGCGCAGCCACGCGAAUCCCUGUGUCAAAAGAAAAUGUUGUGCUCCACAUGACUAUUGAGCCUCGCUGAGACUGUGGUUUAGGCGUUAAGGCUGGCCAGCUUUCUAAACACCUCCUCUACGGAGUGGCCCAGUCAGCACCUUCACUGGCACGAGUGUCAUCGGCAAUCCCACUCUGAACUUUAACCUCUGGAGCCCAGCUAUACUAGGAAGUCCAACAAUUUGUAUGUUGGUGAAAUUUAUGUUGGUGACAUGCACAAAAAUAUGAAGUGUAUAAAUCUGUUUUGCUGGCGACACGUUUUUUUGUAUGUGUGUUAAAGAGAGUCAGACGUGGUAGAUUCAGUGGUGACGUAUACAGUGAGGAGAGUCAUGGAGAAUAAUUGGUUGCUGCUUUAACUAUGUCAGCAGAUUCCUUCAGGUCAGUCUUGUGACUGAUUAAAGGCAUUUCUCUCUAGGCCUGUAGAGAUUAGUGAGACAGAACAUAAAUGCCGGAGAGAACAUGAUGGAGCCUACAGUUGCUGGCGCUUUGGUAACAUGGAAAGCUAAUGCAUGUGAUAGCAAGGAUGUUUAUUGUAUAUUGAAUAUUCUGAUUUUGUCACAUUCUACAAAAAUGACAAAUCAAUUAUUAGUAUCUCAUGAUUACAGAAGUAUAACAAGACUGAUAUUUGCCAUUUCAGUGUGUAUUUGGUAAUUAGUCCAACUAUUCUCAUGCAUAUAUGUCUUUCAUGGCAUAAUGUCUUCAGAAUGGUAUGGAGGGACCCACAAUAAGUAUCUGCAGUCAUUAUACUAAUUUAACCAUUUUUCUAUCCAUAGUUAGUGUUUCCUUAUUGCGUUGCUGUGAACAUAUAUGAGCACUAUAUGAUUUUACAUUUGGAAUAAAUGCACACAAUGACGCCUGUUUGAGCAGUGAGCAUUUUGAGUGAUAAGGACAAAGCUGUGUUUGGAAGUAGUUGUGCUUUUAAAAUCAACAACAGUGGUAACUGAAGAAAACAAAGCCUAUCACUAAGUCGAUACAAAGGACCUACGGGCUAUAGAUUUACUUGUACAUCUGCCACUUUGCAAUUAAAGAUGCAUAUAAUCAAA